UGAGAGCAAGAGCGUGGUGAGCUCUUUACUUGAGUCACCCCUCGCUGCUGCACAAACUUAACUCGCACUGCGGUACUCGAAAUAAUUUUUCCUGCCCUGGAGGGAAGAUCAGGAGGGCGAAGAGAUUCUGUUUCAUGAUCAAAUAAUACUUCUGAAGUUUUGUGUUCUUCGAUAUGUAAACAACCGAAGCAGCAGCGUCAAAAAUGGGAUGUUUCAAACGGAAAAGGUCGUUGACAUCUGCGUACGGCCCAUGUGCUGAAGCUGAUCCUGCACCUCCUCGGCUCCCUCAAGAAGAAAUAGUUGACGAUCGCCAUGUAGUUGCUGCACCUCCUAUAGCCCUCCACAGCGACCCAAACGAUCAACCGCAAGACGUUUCAACGCAAGAACAAUCCAGUGCAAACGUCCCGCCCAACACGAUAACUACUGCCACAUUCGCGAUCUCAUCGACAGAAACUGCAAGGAAGCCAGAAAUUCGAAAUGCCAAGUCACUCGCCCACGGAUUAUCGAAGAGCCGCGACCAUGUUUUGUACUCUGAGAACCCGUUUAGUCAGCGCACAGACGAUGAAAGAAUGUACAGAACUUCUUCUAUUCCAGUAGCCAACUCGAGAGUGAUAUGGAGUGGUUCUCCAUGCCCUGGCCCAUACGGAGAUUACAAGCCAGUGUCGGUGUUGGAUAACCGUAGUUAUACUCGCAGCAACGCAAACCUAACCAACUCCGACUAUUUUACUUCGGGGCAUUUCAACGAACGGAAUGUUAUACGAUCACGUUCAGGCACUCCUGGGUCAGGAUAUACUACCCUAGACCGAGCGGCAACGGGUUCAAGGACCCCAAUAACAACAUUUAUAGCCAGCGAGAAGUUUCCCAAGAAUUACUCGGCCGAUCACAAGGGAAAGUCUGCGUCUGGCAUCGACAGAAGAGGGCUUGCCACAGAAACAUCUCCGAAGGUCGCUCAAGCUGACCCUGCUGCGGGUGUCGCAACGUUGAGCAAGACGUUCUGCGAGAAGUGCUCCAAGAAGUGCUCGGGGGAAGUACUGCGUGUACAGGAUAAGUACUUUCACGUGCAGUGCUUCAGCUGUAAAAGCUGCAAGAAGUCGCUAGCAGCGGGAGGUUUCUUCACACGAGCCCCCGACCACUUCUGCACCGAGUGCUACCAGCAGCAGUUCGGUACACGAUGCGAGACCUGUGGGGAAUACGUCGAGGGGGAGGUGGUGUCUGCCUUGGGGAAGACUUACCACCAACGCUGCUUCACGUGUGACCGCUGCAGACAAAGCUUCCCCUCAGGGGAACGCGUUACAUACACCGGCAAGGAGAUACUGUGUAUGCGAUGCUUCCAGAUCCCCGUGAGGGACACUCAGAGUCCCCAGCCUUCCCCUUCACAGCCUGGGCCGCGCUGCGCGGGCUGUUCAGAGGAGCUGUUCGAGGGCCAGGCUCUGAUAGCCCUGGACCGACAGUGGCACAUCUGGUGCUUCAAGUGUACAGUGUGCAGUGCACUGCUGCACGGGGAGUACAUGGGCAAGGACGGGCGCCCGUACUGCGAGAAGGACUACCAGGCGCAGUUCGGGGUGCGGUGCGUGUACUGCAGCAGGUUCAUCAGCGGCAAGGUGCUACAGGCGGGCGACAACCAUCACUUCCACCCCACCUGUGCCCGCUGUACCAAGUGUGGCGACCCUUUUGGGGAUGGCGAGGAGAUGUACCUACAAGGCACGGCUAUCUGGCAUCCGCGGUGUGGGCCCGGACCCACCGAGAGCGGGACCAUCAUUAACGGUCACGCCACUAACGGGCACGAGCCCCACACUAACGGGCACACUAACGGGCACACUAACGGGCACAAGCUGCACGAGAAAGACUUGGACGGCGUCAGCAGCACCGCUUCCGAGUCGCAGUACCACGGCACAUACCGGACCUGUUCCCCCGGUCUCAUCCUGCGGGAGUACAAGAGCAGCCGCGGCAGCCCCGUGGACAUCUCACGUAUCUACACGUACUCUUAUCUCGCCGCCGAGCCCAGCCAGGGCUAUCUUAAGAAGCCCAUAGACCCCUACGACAGACCUCCUAAGAGCCCUCACUUCCACAGACCUCCAACCGGGGACAGUGGACGCGGUCGCACCCCGUUGGGGAAGCCGCCCAGCCGCCUGGGGAUGAGGGCGCUGGUGUCGCAGAUGCAGGCCGAGACCCCGCGCCCCAAGAGUCCCCACAUGAACAACGAGGAGCCCAUCACCCUCGCCCACUUCCCCGGCGGGCAGAAGCCCAAAUACAACCAACCCAGCCGCAUCGAACGCGAGGACUUCCCUGCUCCGCCCUACCCCUACACCGACCCUGAGCGGCGGCGGCGGUGGUCGGGCAGCAGCAAGGGCGCGAGCGUCGACGAGUCUGACGAGCCUCUGGACGACGUCGACGGCGACGAGGCGCCCUUUGUUGACCCCAAGCUGAAGCGGGAGGAGGCAGAGCUGGCCAAGAUCAGCAGCGGUAUCGGCAAGGUGUUCCUGCAGCAGGUGAAGGAGCGCGAGAAGCUGCGUGCGUGGAAGGCGACGCACCUCGACCCACGCAACGCCUCCAGGACGCCGUCUGCUACCAGGGAGCCCUCCGGCAGACUGCGCUUUGACUCGUCUUAUAACGCCUCGCCGUCCCGCGUAGUGGACGGCGGAGGACGAUGGACAGACGACGACUACGACGGCCACCCUGCCUCCUACCGCAGCUCUGGCCGCUCCUCUGCCACCCUGCCUUCCUACAGCGUAGCCCCCUCUCCCCGGUCUCCCCCCAAACCUGGCUACAACUACAAGUACUCUACGCUCCCCAACUUCACCCAGUCCCGCUCCUACCAUCUCUCUUCCCACGCCUCCCCCAACGGCGACACUACGAGUCUCUCAGGUGGCAUGGGCGACAAGACGCACAGCGCAGACUUCAGCAGCGCGCGCUCUGAUGUGUCGGCGGGCUCCCUAACUGACGCAGACCGCUCUGCCUUGACGGGGGGCGGGGGGGACCUGUGCCCCUCAGCUACCUACAGUAGCGGCCUACGGGGCUACUCAUCAUCACGCUACUCCCCUCACCUGCGACGCUCGCUCCCCAACAUGUUACACCCACAGCACCCUCAUCACCCUCACCACAUCCACAACAGCGACCAGCCUCCUAAAAUAUAUCCCGCGCAUCUCCUCUUCAUCACGAACUAUAGACUCCCUCAUGACGUCGACCGCUGCCACCUCGAGCGGCAUUUAUCAGAUCAGGACUUCGAGAUGGUGUUCCGCAUGACUCGGAUGGACUUCUACAGGAUGCCGGCUUGGCAGCGGAAUGAUCUCAAGAGACGCUGCCUGCUCUUCUAAUACUAUUUACAUGUCUAUAUAUCUUCCAAGAAAAUAAUUCAGAGCAAAUUUUCGAUGCAACUAACUUCGGUUUUUAUGAUAAUGAUUUUCUGAAACGACAGCGUCCAACUAAACAACGAGACGGCGUAUACGAAACUCGACUGAAAUGCCAGAAUUAAUAAAUGAAUAACAUAUUGAAAUGCCAGCAUAAAUAAAUAACCAUACAAUCCGUUCAAGUAAUAGAAGUGCAUUUUCAUAAUUAAUUCAUAACUCUUUAUUGAUCCAGAGAACAUGAUUGAAAAACUGAACUUGACUUCCCAAGACGUCAGUUUAAUCGAAGUCAACUGAACUUGAUUACUGUAAGUCCUUGACCUCAAUUACAUAUGUUCUCCGUCUAUUAAUUUUCUUGUGUAGCACAUAUUCUUAUAACUAGUAUUUUUAAUCGCAUUUUAGUUUGACUCAUCAAUGUUGGUUUUAUCAACAAAUUCGUGAGUAUAAUUCUAUUAACGUGUUCUCGGUGGAUGUGAGCGUUGUCGAUAAUUGGUCGCGUGAUGUCGUGUGUAAUCCUGAGGAUGUGAGAGCUUUCUUUGAUAAGCCAUGGAUGCAGCUUGUGAUCUUAACUUUUUAAUUUAUUUAUUGGGGCCAGAAAAAUUUAAU